UUGAUCGGUAAGUGAACAACGAAGAAGAGCUGCACCAGACACGAGUUUCAGUUAGUUGAGCUGAAGUCCACUAACUAACCGUUUGCAAAUGUAUACUCUUAAUCUUAAUGUAUAGUCUUAAAUGCAUGCAUGUCGCUGCUUAACAAAAGUUUAAAUGUUGAAAACAUACGUUGAAAAAACUGAUUUAAAAUGAGAAAAUUAAUCUUAGGAAUUGGUGGGAUGACAAAUGGAGGAAAGACGACUCUGAGUAAAAGCCUCCAGGAGCUUCUGCAAAACAGCUGUGUUAUAUCUCAAGACAACUUUUUCAAGGAUGACUCCGUGGUCCCUGCUGAUGUCAAUGGCUUUAAGCAAUAUGACACUUUGGACGCCCUGCACAUGGACAAGAUGAUGGCAGACAUUGGCUUGUGGCAGGAGGAUCCUCAGAGCUUCAUGACGUCUCGUGGUCAUGCAGUGAAAUCCACAGCAUCUGAGCUAUCCAGUGUGUUUAUUCUUAUAGUGGAAGGAUUCCUCAUUUUUAAUCAUGGGCCACUUAAUAGCUUGAUCAACAAGAGGUACUUCCUGCAGAUCCCUUAUGAGACAUGUAAAGAGAGAAGAAGCUCAAGAGUCUAUGUGCCUCCAGAUCCACCAGGCUACUUUGAUGGAUAUGUCUGGCCCAUGUACUUGAAAAACAGAAAAGUGAUGGAAGAAACUGUAAAUGACAUGGUGUUUCUGGAUGGGACACAGAAGAGUGAGACGUUGCUCUCAACUGUUCUUGCAGACAUUCGGGAAAUGCUUAUGGUUAUACCGAGAUGAGUUGUCACAUUUUAAGGACCAACGUUUUUCCAGCUGUCUGUUUCUGCAAGUAUACUAUCAGAAUCAGAAACAGGAGGAGAUUUAUUACCAAAUAUGUUUACAAACACAAGGAAUUUGACUUGGCGACACGAGCUUCCAGUGCAGAAGUACACACAAAGUGCAAACAUACAUAGAAUUACACAGUAAAUACAAGAUAACAAUGAUAUAAGAAAAACAGAAAAAUAAAUAAUGCACUAUAUAUAGAAAUAUAGAGAAAAACAUGAAUGUUUAAAUGAAUGUACAGAUAUGUUAUUUACAAGUGUACCGUGUAUACAAUAUACAGUUUCCAGAUACUAUGUAUAAGUGUCAGUUAUGAUGGACAGUGUGUAGUUGUGACACUUAGCCUGUUUAAAAAAAAAAAAAAAUGGUUGCUUGUUUGGACAAUCUGACAAGCAACUUCGUUUCUUUACCUUCAUGAUAGUCAUAUUCUCCAUUGCAUUGACUGACACUCUGUCUGCUCACAGUAACCAGUCAGUGCAAUAGUAUAAAUGCAGUAGGGUAAUUCGUCAAACGGAAUGCCCCUUCAUUGGAGAAAAAUCACGUUCAACAUGAAGUUGUGUGACACUGUAAUCCAAGUGAUGUAGUAGACGUAAUAGAGGAGUGGAAUGACUUUCUUUUAUGAGGUACAUUUUUUAAUUUUUACAAUGUUUUUGUAAUGUAUUAAUUAUCAUGGGCUAUAAUAAAAAACAAGUAGGCCUAUACUGAUGCUAACAGUAUAUGCAUUUGGUUUGAAUAUAUUUUAUUAGCCCAUUUUUUCAUAAGCCCACAUAUAAAUAUGUUGCUAUGUUACAUCUCCCCCUUAAAGCUCUUGUCUUCAUCUCAUUUUCCAUCUCUCCAACCCUGUUCUGCUUGCAGGUGUUCGGAGAUGAGUGGAUAGUGAGUGCGUCCCGCUUUGUUGCAGUUUGCAGAUUUUUGUAAAAUAACAUCAGUUUUUACAUUUCAAAUAAAAGAGUGGUUUCAGUUUAAUAAGUUGCAGGCUCAUUUAUUGGUAAUAAAUAACUAAUAAUAAAUAAUAUUGAUGAUAAUGAUUAAUUAAUAAUAUUGGGCUUGUUUUUGAAGCUGCGGUUGCUCAUUUGUCUCGCGAGAGUUGGCAACAGCCUUCUGCCAAAGUCCCUUUAUAACUAAGUUCAGUGAUGUAAGAUGUGGGCUGGAGCGCAUAUAAAUACACUUGUGCAGUGCAGACAGAAGAAGUUUUAUUUCCUGUGUUAGAUGGAGCACACUGACUAAGAGAAGGAUUGCAAUAACAAUGAGGUCUCUGCAAGUCAUCUUCUUGCUGUUGGUUGUUCUUUGUCUCACCAACUUUGUUGCAAGUGCAGCUGAGGUCAAAUAUAAAGGUGACAAUUACACCAUUAAGUGUCCUGAACAUCAGAAAGAAGCAGUAGGUGUGAGUCUGCUCACCAGACGUGAGGUCAGCCGAUCCGUCCUCUACUACAAUAUUAAAGACGGGAAAAUUACUCCCCAUGAAGACUACAAAGAACGUAUUAAAGUCGAAAAUGACAACAAGACUCUGACUAUACACAUCAUUAACCUACAACUGACAGACACUGGGGCCUACUGGUGCACCUGCAAAAUUCUGUCGCAAAACUCUGCAAAAUGUAAAAUGUCAGAAUCAGGUGUUUUUCUUCUGCUGCAUGAGCCAUCGAUCGAACCAGACCGUUCUGUAAAUGCUAAUUCAAAGUCGGGUGGCAUGAAUGACCUACUGAUACCAGUGACGGCUGUGACAGCUGGCAGUGUGCUCUUACUGUUACUCCUUGUGUUUGGAGUGUGGUUCGUGCCCAAGAUAAAGAAACAGAUCAAAAGAAGAGAAGAAGAGAAAGUAGACGAAGAUGACAAAAGGUGUAACAAUGGAGUGUACGAGGUCAUGACUAUUCAACGAAGGACAGAGUGUAUAUAAGGCAUUCAUACAUAUCCCCUGUAUCACAAAUAUCCCUAGUACUGGGUGUUUUUUUUAUUUUAUUUUAUUUUAUUUAUUUUUUUUCGGGGGGGGGGGGGAUAAUGCCAGGCUACUGGAAAAUCACAUAUGUGAUGUAUGUGUAUAAACAUAUAUUUAUAUAUAAAACAAAAAGUAACUUGUUUUUGUACUGUUGUGCAUAAUGCUGUGACUGAUUCAGCUCAUUUAGUCCCACGCACCUACUUUAGUUCAAUCUGACCUAUUGAAAUAUGGCAACAUUCAAGGAUUAAGAUAAAUGAGCCAGUCUCUUUGUUUGCAGUGAAUUUUCUGUCCUCUUCUAUUUUCUGUAAAUAUUUUUUUCUGAUUUAUUUUGUAUAUUUAUUUCAGCUUUGCAUUAAUGCUCAAAAUUUUUAGCAUUAUAUGAGUGAUUCAGUUUCGGCUGUAGAUACUUUGAUUCUCUUUUAUCUAUGCAUUUUUUUAUUCAGUUUUCAAUUAAUGAAUUCGUGUAUGUGGGUUCUACAUAUUGUGUAAUAUACUUCAGUGUGGAUGUUGCCUUUAAACACCUGAUGUAAAUAUUUUAAUAACUUCAAUGUAUAGAUUCAGUAAUAAACAUUUAAGUUUUGCUUUACAAGAACAAUGGCAAAUGUAUGUCACUCUCACCCAUAACAAAAAAAAAAACAGGAUUUGAAUAUGUUG